AUGGAGCCGAACCCAGCCGUGCAGACACCGGCCGUUCCAUCAAAACAGGCUGACAAACCUGAAGUAAAACCGUACCAGCCCAAAAUCCCAUUUCCUCAGAGAUUGGUGAAACAUAAACUAAAGCAGCAAAUGGAUAAAUUUGUGAGUCACCUCAGUAAAUUGCAUAUUAACAUUCCAUUUUUAGAUGCAAUUGUGCAGAUACCAGGUUAUGCAAAGUGUUUGAGGCAAAUCUUGAUGAAUAAGAAAAAUCUGGAGGGGGUGACAACUACAGUGCUUGAAGAUGUUUGUUCAGCAGCAGUGACAGGUAAGUUGCCCAAAAAAAGCGGGGAUCCAGGUAGUUUUACCAUACCUUGCAAGAUUGGUAAUUUAUCUGUGAAAAGAGCCUUAAACGAUUCAGGAGCAAGUAUUAAUCUAAUGCCUUCAUCAAUUUAUUCUAAACUGAAUUUAGGAGAACCAAAACCGAUUAAAAUGAAAAUCCAUUUGGCCGAUAAAUCUGAAAUUAGACCAAUGGGAAUUCUAGAAGAUGUGUUAGUUAAGGUGGGCGGUUUGGUUUUUCCUGUCGAUUUUGUGAUUAUUGAAGCAGAUGAAGCAUUAGAUGUGCCUCUUAUCUUAGGGAGACCAUUCCUUGCCACGGAACUUAAGGUCGGUCGUGGAAAACUUACUUUGAGAGCAGGAAAUGAGUUGGUGACAUUUACAAACACCUGUUCUGUAUCUUUUCCUAAUGUUGCUAACUCAGUUGAAACUGCUUGUGUUAGUUCAUUGGAUUCACAGGUUGAUGAAUGGUUAGAUAAGAAGCUUGAGAAACAGGAGGGUGAGUUGAAGAAGGCAACAGUGCCAGUUUCGAACUUAAUGGAUGGCCCGUCUGCUAAGAUCCGUAAACUUUAUAGCCGUUUGAAGUAUAUUGUCUCUCAUAGCAAUGUUAAGUUGUCUGAAGAGUUGUGCUCGAAUUUAUCAACAAGGGAGAAAGAGGAGCUGAUGAUGGUUGUUGAUAUUUCUGGUCGAGCGAAUGAUUGGAUUUCUGAAAAGGUGAAAGGUAACUGUUUCCUUCCUUUCAAGGGUCGAUCUCCCAACACUUUAAGUGUGGGGGUGUCGGAAUCCCAACCUUGGUAA